AUGGCUGAUUUUGCCCUCGCUCGUGGUGCAAAGCCAAGAAUCCCAUUUUUAAUCAAAACAAUCCUGGGCUCAGCAAUCGCUAUUGCUUUGGCAUUGGGAUUAUCUGGCCCGAUUGUAUCGCCUGCUUCGCUUGGCCUACCCCUCUUCGACAAAAACUUUAGUACCACGAAACUUGUGACGACAUACCGGCGUGCUCCUCAGCAUUCGGUUUUCAUGGUCACUCUUCAUGAGUCUCAUUCCGGUCCCACAGUCGAUGCCGAUAGCACGGAAAGCUCUUCUUCUUCUCAAAAAUUAGGCUCCAGUGGUAAUCAAGGCACUUUUGGUGGGGAAAGUGUUUUUUUGUCAAGCGAAGGUCUCCUUUCCGGGGACUCUCGCUCGAGCAGUGGCAACGAGGGUACUAUUCAUCUUCAAAUCACAUUGGUUGCCUGUAGGCUAACGAAGACAUGUCAGAUCCACAGAAGCUGCGUGGUCCUGGUCAGAACUUCUCCUGCGGGUAUAGGUCUUACAACGGACAGCGGUGCGACAGUUGGGCUUGUGACAGGCUCUACCUAUGUCAGCCAGGACAAGGUGUUGAUAGAGGCACAUGCGUCAGUUUAG